AGAAACAAUUGUUUAAGUACAGUUUUUGAGAUUUCAAGUCUUUUUCUGUUUAUUAAGUUGAUUUUUUUAAAUAUGGCUAAUAAUAGUACUGAAAAAACAAAUGGAAUCCAAGCGGACUCAACUGGAGAAUAUGAUAAAUCAUCAGGAAAAUCACCUUUGGAGUGGUUAGAGAUCAAAGAAGGGAUUGAAUAUUCACAGCUUCCCAGAAUUUCAGGAGAGCGUAAUUUUCUGAACCAAUUAGGUCGAAACCCAAUUAUUGUUGCUGGAAUGCUCGGUGGUUUGGUGGCCAUAGGUGGUGGUCUUGCUUCUGUGCGAAGCCGUAAUCACAGAUUGUCAAAUCAUUUUCUAAAAUUACGAUGGGGCUCGUCCAGUCUUGUUUUUGUUUUUGUCCUUUCGCAGAUUUGGGAUAAAAUUGAUUGGAAUCCUCCAGCCGUUCAAAAGUUACAGAAAUACAUAAAUGAAACCUUUAAAAAGGAUAUUAGAUUAUUUGGUGGUGCAAGUGUAACCGAGACUCCAGUGGCAUUGAAUGUGGCAAAGAAAAGUCCCUGAUGAAAUUCAAUGAUUGUUGAUGAUUUAAAUAACUUUGAAAAGUGUUUGAAUUGAUUGGCUCUAGAAAAAUGUUUGGAAGAAAUGAUAAUCUUAUUUAAAUAAUUGAUACUAGAGAGUUUAUCAUAACCUUGGGCGAUGAGCACAUCAUUAUGGCCAUCUUGCCAUCAUCGUUAACUAAAUUGUGAUUAUUUCUUAUAUCAAAUACUUGCAUAGAAUUAUCAUUCUCUUUUUUGCAUUUUUCAAACGAAUUAAUUCAAACACUUUUCAAAUUGAUCAGAAUUGUAUAUUUUAGGUUCACAAUUUGUGUCAUAUAAACUUGCUUCGAGCUGUAGUUUUGUAAAGUCUGAUACUUGAUUUUUAUUAAGCCCUCGAAAUUAAAGUAAAAUCUUAGAACU